AUGGAAGAUAGUGUGGUGGAUGAUGUUAUAAAGAGGUUAUUGGGGGCGAAGAACGGGAAGACGACGAAGCAGGUGCAGUUUACGGAGGCGGAGAUUAAACAUCUCUGCUCGACGGCUAAGCAGAUCUUCCUGAGCCAGCCGAAUCUUCUCGAACUCGAGGCUCCUAUUAAAAUUUGUGGAGAUACACAUGGUCAGUUCUCAGAUCUCUUGAGACUGUUUGAGUACGGUGGCUACCCACCGGCGGCGAACUAUCUGUUCCUCGGUGAUUACGUGGACCGUGGGAAGCAGAGCGUAGAGACGAUAUGCCUUCUUCUUGCGUACAAGAUCAAAUACAAAGAGAACUUCUUUCUCCUGCGAGGGAACCACGAGUGCGCCUCGAUAAACCGGAUAUACGGAUUCUACGACGAGUGCAAGAAGAGAUAUAGCGUCAAAGUGUGGAAGACGUUCACCGACUGCUUCAACUGUCUCCCUGUCGCUGCUCUCAUCGACGAGAAGAUCCUCUGUAUGCACGGCGGGCUCUCGCCGGAGCUGAAGCACUUGGAUGAGAUCAGGAACAUUGCUCGUCCUGUGGAUAUUCCUGAUCAUGGACUGCUCUGUGAUCUCUUGUGGUCUGAUCCUGAUAAAGACAUUGAAGGCUGGGGUGAGAAUGAUAGAGGCGUCUCUUACACUUUUGGCGUUGAUAAAGUCGAGGAGUUUCUCCAAACGCAUGACCUUGACCUUAUCUGCAGAGCUCAUCAGGUUGUGGAAGACGGGUAUGAGUUCUUUGCGAACAGGCAGCUAGUUACGAUAUUCUCGGCUCCAAACUACUGUGGAGAGUUUGACAACGCGGGUGCGAUGAUGAGUGUGGAUGAUUCGUUGACGUGUUCUUUUCAAAUCCUCAAAGCAUCUGAAAAGAAGGGAAAUUUCGGGUUUGGCAAGAAUGGAGGAAGGCGAGGAACACCACCACGCAAGGGUGGAAAAGGCUGA